AUGGCGGUAACAACAACGACUACCGGCCGAGCCUCGACGAGGAUCAUCACGAACUAUAACGGUGCCGCCUAUAUCGGUACCAACCAUGGGUACGAUACCAUCAGGCCCAAGGACUCGGCGCUGGAGCCGCUGUUGUGGCAAGCCGGACGUGCCACAUCGGCAGCACCAGGUCUGGACGGCGAGCUCACCUGGCGGAGUCUGUUAUGCUCGCUCGGGAAGAAAGCUUUGGACCGUUACUUCCGGCUCAACAUAGAGUUUGCAGGCCCUGAGCCUCGUCUGGACGAUAUUUCAGCUAUAGAUGAUCUGUCUCGCCACGUUACUGCAACUAAAGACGACGCACAACUAAACAAGGUCAAGCUCGCACUUCUUGCGUCAAGCUUCUUCUUCGAACUGCGACGUGCACCGAAGUUCGAUUCGUGCGGCUUCUACGUAUGCCAAGGGGAGAUCCGUCUUAGAGGGGAUCAUAUGAAGAUAUUGAUGGGUCUCAGGUCCAUCGAUAAGACCGGCUCGAUCGGGUUUUGGAACGACCAGCAAUCACUGGGAUGUAUGGACUUCGAAACCGACAAAUGCUACGUCUGCAACAAAUUCUGCAAAAAGGUCUGUUUCUUUGUGCGUCAUCCCACCGAGAAGGUCUCGAUAGCCUUGGCACUUGGAGAACGUCGACGCCAGAUAAGCGGUUUCCCGCAAACUGUCGCCUGGUUCUCCACACAACAGCAUCUAGACACGCCAUUCUACGACGAAGAAGUAGCAGAUACGCUGGCCUGGUCAUGCGAGUGCCGCAAACGUGACGAUCGUCCAGUGUCGGUUUUGGUCAAGCGUCGUCCAAGCAAUACAAGCCUUACCAGCGGGACUGCCAAACGUGUCAAGCGCGGGACGAGCUCCAAAGGCACGUCUUCAUAG